CACCCCAGGCUCGUGCACCGAAGUGAGAGUCGACGCGUGCCCUCGAAUAGCGGGUUGCGGCCAGUGCCGUAGGGAAAUCUCCUUCUGGGCUAAAGGAAGCUGAGAGAGACAGGACAGGUUGCAGAACAAGAACCCAAUAAUUAUCCCUUUUACGCCCUUCUUCGCUCACUAAAGCACCUGAAAGAAAUCGAGAACGCGACUAGCUGCGGAGGUGGCGAGAGCGCGGACGCGUGUCCGCGUGCAGGGGCGGGGCGAGUUGGAGGUGGGGCGCGCAAGUGGGCGGGGUCUGGGCUGCGCGUGCGGCGGGUACAACCCAGACAUCUGGGGCCCGCUGUUGUUCCCCGCUCGCGCCGCAGCCUCGGCCACCGCCCCCGCCCCGACAGUCGAUCUGUCUGUCGGUCCGGAAGGAAAGGAGAAAGGAAGGGGAGCUGGGGAGCGGCCGGCGUCGCUGCGUCAGUUCCCCAAGCUCUGCCGUGCGGCAGGUGCCCGAGCCGCUCGGUGCCCGAUGCCCUGCAGGGAGGCAGGAGCACCCGCAACCCUGUGAGCAGUCGAGCCGUCGCCCGCUCCGCCAAUACUCCUGUCGCCAUGGGGGACGGCGCCAGGGAGGACAUGAACUCUAACCUCCCUUGUGCCCCCUAUUUCACCGGGGACCCGCAGCUAGACACCGCUGUUGACCAGUGGCUCCGCUGGGACAAGAAUCCCAAGACAAAAGAACAAAUUGAAAAUCUAUUACGGAAUGGAAUGAACAAGGAACUGAGAGAUCGUCUUUGCUACAGGAUGACUUUUGGCACUGCUGGGCUUCGUUCUGCCAUGGGAGCAGGAUUUUGUUAUAUUAAUGAUCUUACAGUAAUACAGUCAACACAGGGGAUGUACAAAUACCUUGAGAGAUGUUUUUCAGACUUAAAGCAGAGAGGCUUUGUUGUCGGCUAUGACACCAGGGGCCAGGUGACCAGUAGCUGUAGCAGUCAGAGACUUGCAAAAUUAACUGCUGCAGUUUUGCUGUCCAAAGGAGUGCCUGUGUAUUUGUUCUCAAGAUAUGUUCCUACACCUUUUGUACCCUAUGCCGUUCAAGAACUGAAAGCAGUUGCAGGUGUAAUGAUUACUGCUUCCCAUAACCGUAAGGAAGACAAUGGAUACAAGGUAUAUUGGGAAACAGGUGCUCAGAUUACAUCUCCUCAUGAUAAAGAGAUCCUGAAAUGUAUAGAAGAAAAUGUUGAGCCCUGGAUUGAUUCCUGGAAUGAAAAUCUAGUGGAUACCAGCCCCCUGAAACAAGAUCCUCUGCAGGAUAUUUGUACACGUUACAUGGAAGAUCUGAAAAAGAUCUGUUUUCACAGAGAGCUGAACUUACAGACAAACUUAAAAUUUGUCCAUACGUCAUUUCAUGGAGUUGGUCAUGAUUAUGUGCAAUUGGCUUUUAAAAUGUUUGGAUUUAAGCCUCCAAUUCCAGUACCAGAGCAACAGGAUCCAGAUCCAAACUUUUCUACUGUUAAAUGUCCAAAUCCUGAAGAAGGAGAAUCUGUUCUGGAAUUAUCUCUGAGAUUGGCUGAGAAGGAAAAUGCCAGAGUAGUGGUAGCCACAGAUCCUGAUGCAGACAGACUGGCAGUAGCCGAACUACAGGAGGAUGGCCGUUGGAAAGUUUUCACAGGCAAUGAGUUAGCAGCGUUGUUUGGGUGGUGGAUGUUUGAUUGCUGGAAGGAAAAUAAGUCACAGAAUGCUGAUGUGAAGAACGUUUACAUGUUAGCCACUACAGUCUCCUCCAAAAUUUUGAAGGCAAUUGCACAUAAAGAAGGAUUUCAGUUUGAAGAAACAUUACCAGGUUUUAAAUGGAUUGGAAGUAGAAUAAAAGAACUCAUGGAAAAUGGAAAGGAAGUUCUUUUUGCAUUUGAAGAGUCCAUUGGAUUUCUGUGUGGGACUUUUGUUUUGGAUAAAGAUGGAGUGAGUGCAGCUGCUGUUGUUGCUGAAAUGGCAGCUUAUCUAGAAACCAAAAAUCUGACAUUGGCACAACAGCUUACUAAAGUUUAUGAAAGGUAUGGAUAUCAUAUUUCAAAGACAUCCUAUUUUUUGUGUUACGAUCCACCAACAAUUAAAAAGAUAUUUGAAAGACUUCGCAAUUUUCAUUCUCCAAAAGAAUAUCCAAAAUAUUGUGGGGCAUUUGAUAUAUUGCACAUUAGGGAUAUUACCACUGGAUAUGAUAGUAGCCAGCUUAAUCAGAAAUCGGUACUGCCCGUGAGUAAAAAUAGCCAAAUGAUUACAUUUACCUUUCAAAAUGGUUGUGUGGCUACCCUAAGGACAAGUGGAACUGAACCAAAGAUAAAGUUUUAUGCCGAGAUGUGUGCAUCCCCUGACCAGAGUGAUAUUACCUUAUUGGAAGAAGAACUAAAGAAACUCAUUGACGCUCUGAUUGAGAAUUUUCUGGAGCCCAGUAAGAAUGGACUGAUCUGGCGAUCUGCUUAGAUAUCUUCUAAGCAGUUGCCCUACAAAUGGCUCUUUGCACUGUCAUGUGGAAGAAAAGAUCCAAGACCUACAUCUAACCUUGUUUCUUGUGUAUAUUUGUCUAUUUCAAAACUUACUCCUUUAAGAUCUAUAAUGAAGCAGGAUCUUUUUUUGUCACCUAAUUUAACCAAGAUAGAUAAGCUUGAAAGAGACUUAAAUUUGAAAAGAAAUGAAGUAAUUGAGAUUUUUAGUUAUUUUGACCAAAAGUCACAUACACUGAGCAUUUAAAAUAUGCUCUCUCUGGUCUUCGACUUGAAGAGCUCUGAAAGAGGUCAUAGAGGAGUGAAUUUUCCUCUUGUAAUUUGAUUAAGUUUAUUUCUUUUGUGUCGUCCAUGUCUAGUACAGUUCAGACAAAAAUUAGCUAAAUGUUCCAAAUAUUGUUCGUGGUUGUCAAGUUAUUUAGGGGAAUAAAGCAUUAUGUUGGUGAAAAUAGAGCUCAGCUUCUUCAGUACCCCUCUGGCACAGAUAGGGGUUUUCCUUUACAUGUAUGUUAUAGUAGGGUAGUUAGAAUUUCUAGAUUAGGAUAAGAUGGUGUUACAGCAUACGGUUUUGGCACCUUUAUUUCAGGUGCUCUUCAUCACUUGUACUUUUCCCAUGUGUAUCUUAAAAAUAUUGAUGUUUAUUGAAAAAUAGUGCAACUCUCUUGGGAAGCUUUGUUUUUGACAAAUCUCUCAGUGCCUUCCAAGGGCUUUGGUGUGAGCUGAGAUAAUAUCCCUACAGGUUGUAGUUCUAUUUUCUCUCCUAAGCAGGGGCCAUUGAACAUGAAAGUGCAGAUUCAAAGACACAGACAGAGAAAGGUGUCAAUGCCUUGCCUUUUUUUUUUUUUUUAAUCCUUUAGAUGGCAAAGGUACUUGAUCUACUUUGUCAAAUCCCUCGGAUGUUUUAAAAAUAUUCCAUAAGAUCUUCAUAACAAGCAAGUCUUAAAUCAUAAACUACUAUUCUUUGGGAUUUUCAUGUUAAAAUUCAGUGUUAUUCUUGUAAGGAAGAUUAUGAUAAAAAGAUGAAACUCCAAAUUUCAAUUAAAAAUAAAUUUAUUUCACUUAAGAACCAGAUCUUCAAGCAGAUUUAUCUGCUAUAUAGACUUAAUUCUGUUAAUGGGGUUUUUUGAGUAGUAUGUUAAUUUAUUAUAGAUUCCUUGAACUUUACUUGUUUUUCAAGAUUGUUUAAAAAUUCAGUGUGGAGAAAGUUGUCCUAAUUCAGACCAAUCAUUACUUAAAUAUUUUAUUUCAUUCCCCCCUUCCCCUUUUUUUUAACACUAAAAAAUUUGCCAUGCACAAAAUUGAAAGUAAUUUUUGAACUUCAUAUCCUUUUCAUAAUCACCUCUUAAAGGUUUUACAGGCAUAAACAGUGGCCUGACUAGGACACCCCAAUCUAUUUCUAACUUAGUUUUCAACUAUAGUUAAAGAGAAAUCUUUAGUCUUCGAUUGGUUACUUGAAAAUAAGUCACUACUCUGUCAUCUUGUUCAACAAGUUUUCCUCCUGUCUAGUUUCAGUAUUUAAAUACCAAAUAGUGUGGAAAUAUCAUAUAUUACAAAGUAAUUUUAAAAGCUGACAUUGAGGUUUUAAAGCUAAACCAAAUACAGAUUAGUGAAUUAUUAUGAAACUAUGUUGCUGGACAGUUAUAAAAAAUCAUUUAAACAUUUACUUGAGAAUAAGGUUGAUUUCUCCAGCUUCUCUGAUUGAGACAAUUUGCUUUCAUUCCAUAAAGCUCUAUUUAAUUAAGCUCGGUUACAUUUAAAAAUGUUUUGCUACCAUUGUAAAAAAUUGUCCAUUUGUUUUCCCCUAAUCUCUCCCCAACCCUGUCCUUGAAGCUAAAUCAUGGAUGACUUGUAUAAAGGCAAGUAGCCAGAUAUAAAUACAACCACAUUUUUUGCAUAUAAAUCAUGUUGACAAAGGCUUUGCACUAAACAUGAAAAAACUAGCAAAUUUUUAUUUGGCUCUAUGAAUGUAUAUUGUAAUAUACAAGAUUGUUGCACAGGAACCCAUAUGAUCAAUAUUUUUUUUGGUAGUAAAAAUCUAUGUUUUAAGUGUCUGGAAAGUAGAAUGAAGCUAAAAAAAAGGGUUGUUUCCCUCAAUCAUUAAAGCCACAUAGUAUGUUUCAUUCUGAUAUGAAGAAUUUUAUUUGGUCACUUCACAAACAUACAACAUUGAAUUCAAGAAGAAACGUUGAAUUGCUCAGAUUUUUAUUUCCAGAAUUGAAUACUUUCAAUUUUUUAAAAUUUAUCUUGUUAAUAAGACCUGUUAUUUUUAUGUAUAUGGGGAAUCUCUUGAUGAGGAAAUUUCCCCCAUGAAUAAUCAAUAUUGCACAUAUGGCUUUGUCUUAGAAUAUCGCUUCGGUAGAUAUUAAGAGGUUAAGUGACUUGCUCCUGAUCACUUUGCUAAUUUUGUCAGAGGCAGGACUUCAUCAGGUCUUCCAAACUAGCAUACUAUGCUGCCUCCAAAUUUAUUUAACUUAAACCAAUCUUUUAAAAUGUUCUCAGACAAUAUGGAUUCAAGUGUAACAAAGAAGAAAAGAGAAGAAUACCAUGAUUACUAGCUUCCUAUAUUUGGAGAUUAUCAUUUAAAAUAGCAAUUACAUAUGUUCAUGUAGACUUAGACACGAACCAGAAUCAGUAUCUGGAGUUUACAAGGUGGUAGAGUUUGACCUAAUUUAAGGAAGAAUUUCCUAACAGUUUUAUCUGUCAGUAAUGCAGUGUUGUACCUUUGAAGUUAGUGAGUUUCCCAUCACUGAAGAUGUUCAUGCAGAGGUUGGAUACUCCCUUGUUCUAGGAGAGAUCAAUAGGUCAAAUCUGAGGUUCCAUCUGAAUUUCUGGGGUCCUAGGGUUUGUAUGUAAAGGUACAGUGGGCUAAAGAAUCAGAUUUAAAUAGUGUUUGACCUAAGACUUAGGCACGUGUUUAACAUUUUCUCUUAUAGCACAGAAGAUAGGAUAAGGAUAGAUUUGUUUUAGUUUGUGGAAGAUAAUAACAUUUUGAGACUUCCUAGAAACUCGGGAAGGAGAAUCUGAGUUGGGAGACAUUUUUAAAUUAAAAAAUAUUAUUUGGAAAAGUUACCAGAAAGGAAUAUGAGAAAGGCCAGUAUAAAGAGGGAUGUAUAUUUGUAGAAGAAAAGUAAGUAGUCAAUAAUACACAUACACAAAAAGUUGAAAGUGACUGUGAAAGCGACAGAACACGAUAAUAUUAAUUUAAAUGUAGACCAAACACUUUUGAAAGGGAAAAGAUUGUGUAAAUAUAUAUACAUUAUAAGUAUUCACAUACCAAAAACUCCUUCGAUAAGAAGUCACACUCAUGGUUCAAGCCAGGUUUGUAAGGGAAAGUCCAGAUUAUAUUGAGGCCAUCACAAUAAUGGAAGGAAUUUGAAUAGUAAUAGAGAAUCUGAAGUGGAAAGGAUUUCCAAGAGCCUCUAGUUCAACAUGAAUCUGAAAAAUAUUUUUUCAACAUUCUUGACAAGUGACCAUGUAGCCCAGGACUUUUAACCUCUUGUGUCCUUUACUCCUUUGGGAUCCUGGUAAAGCAUUAUGGAAAACAUCUCACAAUGAUGCUUUUAAAUGCAUAAAAUAAAAUACAUUCAAGUUCUAAAGGAUAUCAGUUAUACUGAAAUACAACCUAUUUUUAAGUAUGUAUGUUAUAUUUUAUACUAAAUUCGUGGAUCUUAAAUUAAGAGGCUCUGACUUAGGUUCCUCAUCAUUAGAAAUGUCUAGGGGCUGUCUUAAUUUACAUUUGCUUUAUAGUUUACCAAGUAUUUUGCUCACAACAACUUUGUGACAGUAAUUUAUCUCCACUUCUAAAAUGAAAAAACUUGACAAGAGGGUAAUGUGACUUGCCCUAGAGUUAUAAUGGAGAAACUAAAGGCAAACCUGCUUUAAAGAGCCAAUAUUGGUAAGAUAAAGGGAAGAAAAUGGAAGAGAAUGGGAGAGAAUUCCUUUCUUGUACUUGGUGGACCUGAUAUUAUGUCAGGCUCCAUUCACAUACCGCAACAAAAUAAAGAACUUUGAGGCGAUGAUUUAUGUAAUUAAGAAAUUAAAUGAACUCAGAAUUAAGACCUAUGAGAAAAGGUUAGAGGAGUCCCAAUCCUCCAACCUCAGAGAGGUUUGAAAGAUAGUUUAGCAAACAAGGUAGCAGAAAAGUGGCAAGAGAGUAUAUGACCUGGGCAAAUGACUUCCCUUGCUUUCUCUAGUCUGAAUAUUUUAAAAAGGAUUUGGAUUAGAUAAUUUUCAUUCCUAAGAAUCUGAGUUAAGGUCUGAGAAGUUUAAAGUUAAGAUAGAAAAACUUCUUAACAAGGAUUGUUAAACAUUUAGAAUAUGUGAAGAGAAUAUGGUAGAUGGAUUCCUGAAGGCUUUAAAAAGCAAGCCACAUUUUCUUCUGAUAGAGAUUUCCUGGAGACGGGAAAGUGGAUUUCUUAUAAUUCCUUCAGGCAUUCAUUUUUGUUGAGUUUAAACAAAGGUUUAACAUUCAUUUGGAAUCUAGAAGAAGAUAAUAUUGCAAAUAUUUUCCCAGGUUUGAGUAAGAAAGACAGCAACAAGUACAGUAAAGAUAUUCUUAGAUUUCACUUUUUAUUCAUGCUGCCAUAAUGGCCUAAACUCUGUCCUCUCCAUUUUAAGGAAUGUCCAGAGCUUUUUGUUCUGUAUGUUCGUUUUUACACAUAAAAUAUUUACCAUAAAGAUGUAGGAACUUUGGAAAAUUGGAGACUUGGGGAUAUGUUAUUUCAUGAAAUAGACCUUUGUUUCUUAAGGAGGUAUUUCUGGAAUAUGUCAGUGAUCAAUGAAACAACAUUUUUAGCUUGGAGGACAUAAUUUUGAAAUGAAUUGCUCUGUGAAGUGCUACUAGCAAUAUUUGCUAUAAAUGUUUUCUGUUUGUGUUGAUAACACUUAAAACAUCCAUAUGAUUCCAUUUGGUAAAAUUUUGGAUUCCAUUUUGCCCUUUUCUAGCCCCUUUCCCCUUUCCCUCCCUCCCCCCUCUCCACUGUUUUGUGAUUGUGAAAAGCUAUCAUCCUAUUACCUUAAUAACAGAGUUCAUUUGAGGACUGUUUGUUUUAUAACCAUUAAAAAAAAGUGGGGACAAAAAAUUGAAUCUGUUCAAAAGUCAUAUGGUUUGUCUGAGUUAUAUUAAUUUAUUAUGAAUUUUUUGAAAUUCGUGUUUUUGGAGAUGGUUUUGAGAAAACGGAUGGGAAAACAAUAGUUUUCAUCCAAACUAAUGAUUAUUUGAAGAUUUGAUUGUAGUGAGUUGUUUCUUUUUUCACUGCUGUUCAUUUACGGGUUUUGAAAGAUUCAUGAGAAACCUUUGUUCUUUGUCUCAAAGUAUUAACUAGGGGGGAAAAACAAGUCAGAGAAUUGUUUGUCUGCCUAUCUAAACAGCACAGUUAUACUCACAACUCCUAUCUAUCUUAAUUUCCUAAAAAUAAUAUUUAUUUCAAGUCACCACUUGGUUAUCUUGUUCAGCAAGCUUUCCUCCUCUUUCUAGUUUUAUUACUAGAAUGCAGGGUGAUAUAAUGGAAAAGCAUUGAACUGUGAACCUCAGAGCAUGGCUUCUUGUUUUGCCUCUAACUUGCAGUGUCCCCAGAUCAAGUCUCUUCAACUCUUUGGUCUCUCUUUUCCCAUCUUUAAGUGAGGAUUGCAGGGGGCAAUUAAAUUCUUAAGGAAUCCUCCCAGUUCUGUUACCAACAUGUCCAGGGCCUUUAGGUUCCCCAUCGGAUCUAUUUAACAGUAGUUUGAUAAAAGAUAUCAGCUAACUGGUUUCCUACUCCUAUUGCAUUACUUAACUGAUUCUAAUAACACUUUAGAAAUUAAGAGUAAAAAGGAUACUCUGCCAAAUUUAUACAAAUAUUUGCCAAGCACUCACCCAUAUAUCUACAUUGUUUCAUUUUUUUGUGCAGAGAAUCGAGUAUUCCUGUCAAUGCAAGGUAAGUUGAACAAGAAUUAUCAUCUCUGUUUUUAUAAAGAACUGAAGAUUAGAGAAAUAAAAUAAACUUAGAAAUAAUUUUUAAAGGCUUAAAGAAAUAAAAUUGGUCACAGUCAGACAGCCAAUGUUAAGUUUCAGAGCCAAGAGCCCUGGUUUGCAAGCUCCCAGUCCAGUGCUUCUUCCAUUAUACCAUGCUGCCUUUCCAUUCCUAUUUGGAUGAUGGCACAUUGUCUUUAAUGCCUACAAUACGACGCUCUAAUAAUUAAAUGGCUUAUAUUUAUAUAGUGCUUUAUUGUUUACACAGUAUUUUAGACACAUGAUCUUUUAUUAUUUCAAUAACCUGUGAAAGAGGCAGGACAAAUAUCUUCAGUUUUGCACAUGAAGAAACAGACUCAAGACAGAUAACGUAAACUACUAGCCGGGUAAUCUUAGUUAAGUACUAGAAGAGGGUCUUGGUUGGUUCUUUGACUCUUAACAUCCAAGAUUUUUCCACUCCUACUCCUCCUACCUCCCAGUUCCAGCAACAUUUAGGAGAGUUUUGCCUGUUUGUGGAAAUGAAUGAUCUCAAGCUUAGCUUCAAAGUUCUACAUGCACCCAAAGUAUCAUCUGAGAACCUUACUCAAAGGCUGAGAGAGAAGAAUAUGAAUGUGGUUGUUGGGUUUAGAAAUGUCUUGGUAAUUACUCAGGCAUGAGUUCUGUCAAUAAAAAGUUAUAAUUAUGGGGGGAAAAAAAAAGAAAUGUCUUGGUGACCAGAGAAAAAUGACUUGUCUAGAUCUGCAUAAUGUUCAAAGAUCCCUUCCUGAGGAAAUUGUAGUGGAAAGACAUUAGACCAGGCAUCAAGAUACCUGGAUUCUAGUUCUGUCUUUGUUUUAUGACCUUGGACAAAUUAGUUCUCACCUCUGGGACUCAGUUUCUGCUUCUGUAAAAUGAGAGAACUGGACUGGGUGAUCUCAAAGUCCAUUUCAUUGCCAACAUUCAGUAAGAGGUAUCAACACUCCUGCAAUCUACAUUUUAAGGAUGAAAUAGGUGAAGGAUCAAUUACUAAUGGAAUUACAGAAUUAAUUCCAUAAGGAAUUUCCUUCUUAAGUCUGCUAACAUACUCUCCCAGGGGAAUCAAAGCUUAUUUGAACCUCAUAUAUCUUUAACCUCAUUGUAGAAAGAGAUGUAUCUGAAGAAAUGUGUUCAAUGUGACAGAGGUGAAGGGUGGGUAAUGUUUAUAGCACCCUGACAGUUCUUCCAGACAUAACCGCACGCCCCCUUGCUUUAUUCUGUUGAAGGCUGGGGGAAUUACAAGCUCUGUUAUAAAUGAAGUGUUAUUUUCCUUUAUUAGAUGUGUGACAAUAAAAAUUUGCACCCCGGGGUCUGAAAGUAGAAUUGUGACUUUGUUUAAGCUACCUUAACUCCAUCAGGUCAAUAUCUUCUUUGUUGCAGAUGAUUUUCUUAUUGUGAGACCAGGGUGUGUUAUGGAUAUUGCUUGUGAAACUUUGCACUUUUUCCUAAGCAUUUGUGUAAGGAUUAUUUUCAUGGUUUUAGCUGAAUAAAGUGUUUAGUAAUAAACUUGUUCUCUUCAUAGUAAA